AUGGUGGCAGCACUGCUGUCCACAUCAGCCACGCUUCAUGAUGGGGAUAAGCCCCACAAGUUCUUGGAGUGUGGGAAGAGGAUCAGGCAGAGCAGCACCCUGAUCCGCCACCAGAGGAUCCACACCGGGGAAUGGCCGCACAAAUGUGGGGAGUGUGGGAAGGGGUUCAGCUGCAGAUUCACCCUUGUCACCCACCAAUGCAUCCACACUGGGGAGAGGCCCUAUGAGUGUCCUGAGUGCCAGAAGAGGUUUCAGAGCAGCUCCAGUCUCCUCCUGCACCAGCGGAUUCACUCAGAGGAGAGGUCCUUCUGCUGCCCUAAUAGCGGGAAGGGCUUCAAGUGCAACUCCCACCUCGUCAGGCACCAGCUCAUCCACUCCAGGGAGAGGCCCUGCGAGUGCCCCACAUGUGGGAAGAGGUUUCAGGCCACCUCCAAUCUCCGCCUGCAUGUACGGAUUCACACACAUGAGAGGCCCUUCCACUGCCCUGACUGCAGGAAGAGCUUCAAGCUGAACGUUACCCUUGUCAGGCACCAGUGCAUCCACACCGGGGAGAGGCCCUACGAGUACCCCACAUGUGGGAAGAGCUUCACCCAGAGCUCUGACUUGACCAGCCAGGAGUGA